UCAAUUUUCAUUUUAUUUACAACUUCUCUGCACAAUUCCGCUUCCUCCCCAAGUUCCUUCCACAGCCUUCUCUCGCAUACAAUCGGAGAAAGAGUUUGAGAGUUUGGGUUGCUGCAGGAAUGGAGGAAGAGUCUCCAUUGCCUUCCAACAACGUCAGAGCUCUACUUUCAUUCUACUCCAACUAUUUUCAUAACCGCCUCCGCACCUUCUUCCCACUUUCUCUGACUUCCCAGGACAGUUUCCUAUUGAGGAUUGCCAACUUCUAUGGCUCUUCGAAACGGCGUCGGAGGAAAACUUGCCUCCCUCUCCCGUUGCCCUCUGCCGCCGCUGCUGCUUCACUUGACCGAUCUCCUGCGAUUACAACAGAGGCAUGUAGAAGUUUUGAUCUUUUGGAGGAUAUUAUUGAGCGCACACUUCAAAAUUUGCACAGCAUCCAGAAGAAUUUAAGUUUCUGGCAAUCAAAAGCUGAGGGUACAAAUGCUCGGAAAGCAUACUUCAUGAUAUGUGAACGAGGGCCGUGUGCAUUUAUUAAUGGUACUGUGCAACUGAUACGUGAUUGUCUUGCUGAUGGUUCUAGCAUGCAGAAGCUCUAUUGUUCAGCAUCUUCUCAUAUAUCUGAGAGGAUCAGUGUAUUGACUAGUUUAAGAUACUAUUUGGCUGCAUUUUUGGCCAAGGUCUAUACUGAGGUUGACGCAAUUGGAGAGGAUCUGGUUAAAGAUGUGGAGAGCUCAGUCCCCUCCUUAUUGGUUGCUAUCAAUGAUUUAUUUCUGAAAUUGGAGGCAUCUAUUGGCCAAUUUCAUGCAAAUCGCCGCAGUGGCUCAUCUGUGGAUGGAAGCUAUUCACAUCCUCUGCUGUUUGCAAAACUUCCUGAAGUAAGCCAGGAAGGUUAUCAGUGGACGGAUUAUGAGAUUAGCGACGCGAUCAACUUAAUAUAUGAAAACCUACACAGAUUGGACUCUUAUUUGUCUGUGCUUGUUUCCAAACAUCGCAAGCCAAGGACAGUAACUUUGUAUUGGAUGCGUUAUAGCUGUGGAGCUCUUGGCAUUUCUGUUUGUUCAUUAUGGCUUCUUCGUCAUAGCAAGUUGAUGGGAAGCUCUGACAUUGACAAUUGGAUCCGUGAGGCAAAGGAUUCAACCAUAAGUUUUUGGAACGAUCAUGUAGAGCAGCCAGUUUUGGCUAUAAGGAAUGAACUCUUUGAGACCUUCAGGAAAAGGCAAAAGGGUGUAAUGGAACGUGAAGAAGUGCAGUUGACAGCUGAUUCUCUACAUAGAAUGCUCUUAGCUUUCAGCGAGCAGACAGUAGGUAAAAAGUUUCCAGAGAAUGCAUCUGACCAGGAAAUGCUUGAGAUUGUAAUGACCAGGUAUGAGAAAGAACUUAUGCAUCCAAUCCAGGGUCUUGUAGGUGGAGAGCUUGUUCGCGCUCUUCUUAUUCAGGUUCAGAAGCUAAAACUGGAUAUUGAAGAAGCAAUGCUCGAGCUAGAUCAGAUCCUGAGGGCCAACGAAAUCAACUUUGCAAUUCUAGCUGCUUUACCAGCUUUCUUUCUCUCCCUCAUUCUAGCUAUGUUAGUGCGAGCAUGGAUUAAACAGGAUACGAGAGCUGAAGGUAGAGGAAGAGUUGCCCGUAUUCAAAGAAGGCUUCUGCUAGUGGAAAUUGAAAGAGCGAUAAUGCAGUGUCAGAGUUGCAAAGAUCAAGGCUUGGAGAAUGAUGCUCAAUGCAUGUAUGGUCUUGUGCUGUGUUUUCUUGAUUCCCUACAUACUGUGGUGGAGGGGCAUGCAAAAGCAACCGGUGAAUGGAUAUGUUUAAGACAGGACAUCAUCGAUUUGGCGAAGCCAGGCAUCCCAACUGAACAUAAGCUCCGUAUUGCAUGGCGCAUGGAGCGGGUGUAUGAGUGCUUACUUCCGUCAUCGAAACGCCACUAACUGUGUCGGAAUGCUAUUUCCCAGAUGCUGGCACCUUGAUCUUGUGUCGGAUUUUGUAGUCUCAUGGAAGAUUGUUCUUAACCAUGCUGUGGCCUUUCACGCACAAUUCCUUUUACUUGCUGUGAGGACUGUUUCCAUUUCCUGAAAUCAGGUACUCCCUAAAGCUAUUCGGAGGCACUUUGCCUGAUUGAAUUCCAACCUGUUGGCUAUGUUGAAGCGAUGUCAUAACUUGCGACUAAUAAUUCAUAAUUCGACUUGAGCAGUACUCAAGUGGGCGGUGGUUUUCUUGAUGUUCUCCCGAUUGUUGUUUUUUUGUUAAUGUAAUUCUUACCACAGUCAAGGGCUUCCUUCAUCGAUCUCUUUUGUUCUAACCGAUUUUCUGAAAAUGUUCUCAGCACUUUAUCAUCAGUUUGUUCGGUUUUUGGAAUUUAUUCUUCCUUCUGAAAAUACUUUGUUUUACUAUUCAUAAAGAUCAUGUGAUUGUCAUAUUUCGAUGCAAA